ACGUAGUUUACGUACGCAGCGCGCGCUGGUUCAGCCGCCGUCUCCAGGAAGCGCCCGUCUCCCCGCUUCUUCGGUGGGAGUGGAAGCGGGCGCGAAGAUGCCAGUGGCCGUGAUGGCGGCGGCGAGUGGCGCCUUCAGCUACCGGAAGCUGCUGGAGCAAUGCGAGACGCAAGAGCUGGAGGCCCCCGGCGGAAUAGCAACACCACCUGUUUAUGCCCAACUCCUUGCUUUGUAUCUUUUGCAUAAUGACAUGAAUAAUGCACGGUAUUUAUGGAAACGAAUCCCUCCUGCGAUUAAGUCCGCAAAUCCUGAACUUGGUGCAAUUUGGGCAGUAGGGCAAAGAAUCUGGCAGAGAGAUUUUCCUGGAAUUUAUACAACAAUUAGUGCACAUCAGUGGUCGGAGUCUAUUCAGCCAAUCAUGGAAGCACUGAGAGAUGCAACUAGGCAGCGAGCCUUUGGACUGGUGUCUCAAGCCUAUACCUCAAUAAGCGCAGAUGACUUUGCAGCCUUUGUUGGGCUUCCUGUAGAGGAAGCAGUGAAAGGCGUGCUUGAUCAGGGCUGGCAAGCAGAUUCAUCCACUCGCAUGGUUAUGCCUAAAAAGCCAGGUCCCCAAGAACCUUCCUUUAACAGAUUUCACCCAUUAUCAGAACCUGCUCCAGUCCCACCAAUCCCUAAUGAACAGCAGUUGGCACGAUUAACUGACUAUGUGGCUUUCCUUGAGAAUUGAUGACCCCACUCACUCUUUCAUGAGAGCUGUGUUCUCCUAGACCCCUUUGAGAUUAUUUUUGUCCUAUUGAAUGUUGCAGUGUAUGCACUGUUAUGGAAUAUGCUGGUAAAACAUCGUUUUCUAUUUCAUCUGUGUCAGUGUUUUGCUGAAGGAAGGUUUUGGUUCACUUUAACUCUCAUCAUUGUCAACCUGGUGCAGAGCAUUUUACAGUUUCAGUUCUUGCUCUUUAUUGUGAGGAAAGCAGCAGUCUAUUAGAGAUGUUGAAAAGUCUUGGUGAUUGCAAUUCACAGAUAAGAAAUCAAAUACUGAAAGAAUAUAGAAGCAAUGUGUUUGGGGGAAAAAUGAGGUUGUCCUUUUCCCAAAAAUGGUCUUUCCAUAGGUACUGGAAUAUGACUAUGUAGUAGACGUUAUUUCUUUGCAGUUGACUGCAGCAUUUAAUUACCCAAUGAAACCUCCUUACUUAAAGCAAAAAUGUCAUCCUUUGUUACAACAUUACCUGUUCUUUCAAAUAUAAUAUUUGAGCACCAAAUAGGUCUUCUGCAGAGCCACAGGUAUGCUUUGUUUUGUGAGAAGAGAAGAAAUGUGGAGGUUAGAAUGCUUCAUGGUGAAUGGUAACUGCAUGAUAUCUGCAUCAGGUUUUAGGUAUAUAAUAUUUUAAAUAGUGUCAACUGUUACUUCUUUGAGACUGUUGUCUUUCCCCCCCUCUUUUGGUCAAUAGUUUUUCAUUACCUGUCCUUGCAUUUGGAAGAUGUUUAUUGUCACUGGAAAAUCAGACCUAUGGUACAAAUGGCUGCAAGUGUACUGCAACUUUGAGUCUGAUAGAAUAUUGCUGGAUUGGGAUCCUUCUGAUGUGCAUUUUUAAUGUUGGAAGAAGAAAAACUUGCAGUUCUCUUGCAUUUAAAUGUUCUUCAUUCUUUUUUUCUCUCCCCCCUUUUCUGUCAAUCAGCCUGUCAUUGUUAAAUGGCUCAAUUCUCAGAAAUGGUUGCUGUUUGCUUCUAUAUUGACACUUUUCUCUUAUUUACUACUAUAUCCAUCUGAUGAUGUUUCAGGUGCCCUUGGGUGCAAGAAGGCACUAAUAUGUGUAUAUUUCUUUCAAGAGUCUCUUCCUGAACAAAACUGCUAAUCUCAAUCCAUUAUUUAUUUGAAAAGAAAAUUUAAACUUCAGCUCUGUAAGUAUUUGGGAGCUUAAUUUUGGUAAUAUUAAAACAUGUUUACACCA